UUCUCAACGAUCAGUUGAAUUUAGACGCUUGCAGUGACAAGAUCUAUUUUCGUGUUUUAAUCGUGCUUUGCUCGCUCACUGCAUUCAUUCAUAGUGUUCGGUUUAUAGAACCGAUAGAUAAAAGUAAAUACAUAAAUUAUACAUUUUUUUGAACUUGAAAUACAUUUUUGUGGAUAUUUCGUUGCUAUUGUUGUUUUAAAAGAAAAUCAUGGCACCACCCGCAUUACUCAGCAAAGAGAUACCCGAUAUCGAGAGCUUGAUGGCUUUGAAUCCGCGUGUCAAAUCGAAGUGUUCCGCCGUGCCAACGGCCGAAACGAAGAUCAACAAGAAACACUGGAAGCGUAAUAAUGACCGCAAUCCAACUGGUGGUUGCUCUAAGCUACUCAACAACUUUGAUGAUGUCAAGCACACUACACUCUCCGAGAGAGGCGCAUUGAAGGAGGCAGCGCGUUGUUUGAAGUGUGCUGACGCGCCUUGUCAGAAAUCAUGUCCCACCCAAUUGGAUAUCAAGAGCUUCAUCACCAGUAUUGCCAACAAGAAUUACUAUGGUGCUGCCAAGGCCAUUUUCUCGGACAAUCCACUCGGUUUGACCUGUGGCAUGGUAUGCCCGACUAGCGAUCUAUGCGUUGGCGGUUGUAACUUGCAGGCAUCGGAGGAAGGACCGAUCAACAUUGGUGGCUUGCAACAGUUUGCAACUGAAAUAUUCAAGGAGAUGGGUGUGCGACAAAUAGUGCCACCAAAUGUGAAGCCACUGCCGCAACCCAAUAAGAAAAUCGCUUUGCUGGGCGGUGGGCCCGCUUCACUGUCCUGUGCCACAUUCCUGGCGCGCUUAGGCUAUAAGGAUAUUACCAUUUAUGAGAAACGCGCCUAUUUGGGUGGUUUAAGUUCGUCUGAGAUUCCGCAAUACCGUUUGCCCGUAGAUGUGGUGAACUUUGAGAUACGCUUAGUUAAGGAUUUGGGUGUGAAAUUUGAGUUGAAUCGCAGUCUGUCCACUAAGGACUUGACAGUCAAUGGCUUACUCUCAACCGGACAUGAUGCGCUAUUCUUGGGUAUAGGUUUACCCGAACCAAAUGUGGAUCCAGUUUUCGGUGGCUUAGACGAGUCUAUGGGCUUCUAUACGUCGAAGAACUUCUUACCGAGCGUAUCGGCGGGUUCAAAACCUGGCUUAUGCGCUUGCAAGGCUAAUCAAGCCUUACCACAGUUAACUGGUAAUGUCAUCGUUUUGGGCGCUGGUGAUACCGCCUUCGAUUGCGCCACCUCCGCUUGGCGCUGCGGUGCUAAACGCGUCUUUGUCAUCUUCCGUCGUGGCACUACUGGCAUGCGUGCGGUACCCGAAGAGGUGGAGUUGGCACGCGAGGAAUGGUGCGAAUUUUUACCAUUUUUAGCGCCCAGCAAGGUGGUGGUGAAGGAUAAUAAGAUACGCGCCAUGGAGUUCUACCGCACUGAAAUCGAUGACAAUGGCAAACUUAUUGUAGACAAGGAGCAGCCUACCACACUGAAGGCCGACUAUAUUAUCUCAGCCUUUGGUUCUGGCUUGAAUGACCCGGAAAUAAUUGACGCCAUCAAACCAGUAGAACUGGAUCACUGGAAUCUACCCAAAGUCGAUCCAAAGUCGCUACAAACCAGUGUGCCACAAGUAUUCUGUGGCGGCGACUUGGGUGGUCAAGCCAAUACUACUGUGGAAUCGGUUAAUGAUGGUAAAAUUGCCGCUUGGGGUAUUCACUGUCAAUUACAGGGACUGCCACUUGAUACGCCAGCAGAGUUGCCACUUUUCUACACUGAAAUCGAUAAUGUGGAUCUAUCAGUUGAUUUAGCUUACGAACGUACCGAUAAAGAAACAGGUAAAAAGGAGAAGCAUACGCUCAAGUUCCCCAAUCCAUUCGGCUUGGCAUCAGCACCACCGACCACCAGCGCGGCGAUGUGUCGACGUGCUUUCGAACAAGGUUGGGGUUUUGUGGUUACAAAAACAUUUGGACUCGAUAAGGACCUGGUCACCAAUGUAUCGCCACGUAUCGUGCGUGGCACUACGUCGGGCUACAACUAUGGACCGCAGCAAGGUGCUUUCCUUAAUAUUGAGUUAAUUUCGGAGAAACGCGCCGAGUACUGGUAUCGUUCGAUACGUGAACUCAAGAGAGAUUUCCCCAAUCAGGUUGUCAUCGCGAGCAUAAUGUGUGCCGCCAUUGAGGAGGAUUGGAAGGAAAUGGCCACAAAGGCCGAGGAAUGCGGUUCUGAUGCGCUUGAGUUGAAUCUAUCCUGUCCACAUGGUAUGGGUGAGUCUGGUAUGGGUUUAGCCUGCGGUCAAAUACCCGAAUUGGUGGAAAAUAUUUCUAAAUGGGUCAGUGAAACUGUAAAAAUACCCGUUUUCAUUAAAUUGACACCCAACAUUACGGAUAUUGUUACAAUUGCGGCGGCAGCGCAACGUGGUGGUGCUGCAGGUGUCUCAGCCAUCAACACCGUACAGGGAUUGAUGAGUCUGAAAGCCGAUGCAACGCCCUGGCCAGCCAUUGGCGCAGAGAAGCGUACCACCUACGGCGGUGUGUCUGGAAAUGCAACACGCCCGAUGGCGUUGAAGGCGAUCUCAUCGAUUGCCAAUAAGCUGCCUGGUUUCCCCAUACUCGGUAUUGGUGGUGUGGACUCAGGAGAGGUGGCACUCCAAUUCCUACAAGCCGGCGCCUCCGUGGUGCAAGUUUGUUCUGCUGUACAAAAUCAGGACUUUACGCUGAUCGAAGAUUAUGCGACCAGUUUGAAGGCUUUGCUAUAUCUGAGGGCUAAUCCACCACCAAAUUGCGGUCAAUUGUGGGAUGGACAAUCACCACCAACGCCUAAGCAUCAGAAGGGCAAGUCAGUAGUCCACUUAACUGGUGAAAACGGCAAAACCUUGGGCUUCUUUGGACCAUACAAGAAAGAACGCGAGCAAAAACUCUAUGAAGAGCGUGUCAAAAAUGGUCCCAUAUGGAAGAUCAAGUCCGAAACCGUUGUGUCACCUACGAGCGAUGCACCGAAACCUGCUUACAGCGUAAACGAUGUCAUCGGAGGCGCUUUGGAACGCAUUGGCGCUUACAAGAAGCUGGACAACACACAACAGAAAGUGGCUCUAAUCGAUGAUGAUAUGUGCAUAAAUUGUGGCAAAUGUUACAUGACUUGCAAUGACUCCGGUUAUCAGGCCAUACAAUUCGAUGCUGAGACUCAUAUACCCCUUGUUACCGACGACUGCACCGGUUGUACAUUGUGCGUCUCCGUCUGUCCAAUCAUCGACUGUAUUACCAUGGUGCCAAAGCAAAUUCCACACAUCAUUAAACGUGGUUGGGGUGAGAAUACGCCCGUGUUCGCGCAUGCGCUCAGUCCAAUGCAGUGAUAUGUUCGAGUCAACAAUUCCAAAUUUCCUCCAUUGGCUGCUAGCACUUUAACCAUAACUGUAAUGCUGUAAUCGUUGUUAGUGUAAAAGCUGGAUAAGUUCUUAUUAACCAGCCGGUAUUUGUAUACAAUGUAUUGUAAUUGUAACAUAACUCUUAAAGAUGUAUCGUACGAAGUUUUAAAAUAAAUACAAAAAUAUUGUC